UUCCUGAAUCCCGUGACGUAGAAGGGCGAUGACCGGUUACAACUUCCUGUUUAGGUUGAAGGCGGAUGUGAACAGAUGAACGCUUCCUCUGUCUCCAUUUCUUACCAAUUUGUGAAUAUUUUUAUUUAAAUAAGUAAACACACACAUCAGAGGAUGUCGGAAACGGGGAACCGACUACGGAAGCUCCUCGAAUCGCCUAAUUUCGACCCGCAAAACUACGUUAAGCAGCUGUCACAGCAGUCCGAUGGCGACAGAGAUCUUCAGGAGCAUCGUCAAAAAAUCCAAAACUUGGCCGACGAAACGGCUCAAAACCUGAAGAAAAAUGUCUACAAGAACUACAGACAGUUCAUUGAAACGGCCAAAGAGAUUUCCUACCUAGAGAGCGAGAUGUACCAGCUGAGUCACAUCCUGACGGAGCAGAAGAGCAUCAUGGAGAGCAUCACUCAGGCCUUGUUGUCCACAGACAAGGACGAGACCUCGAAAGAGAUGCAGGCUGCUUUCCCCAAAGAAACGGAGGAGCUGAAGCAGAGGACGCUAACUUCACUGCUGGAGAAAGUGGAGGGGGGUAAAAACAUCAUGGACACCCCGGGGAGGCACCUGGUCUACAACGGUGACCUCGUGGAGUUUGAUGUCGACAACAUGUCCCCCAUCCAGAAGGUUCACGCUUUCCUCAUGAACGACUGUCUGUUAAUCGCCACCUGGCUGCCGAACCGCAGAGGAACCGUGAAGUACAAGUACAACGCCCUGUACGACCUGGAGAGCUUCGCCGUGGUCAACGUAAAGGACAACCCUCCCAUGAAGGACAUGUUCAAGAUCCUCAUGUUCCCGGACAGUCGCAUCUUCCAGGCUGAGAACAGCAAAAUCAAGAAGGAGUGGCUGGAGAUCCUGGACGAAACCAAGAAGAACAAAGUCAGCAAGGACCAUCACAAGAAAGAGGAGGAGGCCCCGACGUCUCCCGUGAGGGCUGAGGUGUCCACCAAUCCUUUCGACCAGGAGGACGAGGAGCCAGCAGUGGCCGGAGAAAGUGUGGACCUCGGCCUCGAGUGGAUCCAGGAGUUGCCGGAAGAUCUGGACGUGUGCAUCGCCCAGAGAGACUUUGAGGGGGCCGUGGACCUGCUGGACAAGCUCAACGAGUAUCUGAAAGACCUGCCGGUCACCCAGAGGGUCAAAGAGCUGAGGUUGAAGGUGGAUGAGCGCGUGCGGCAGCUGACGGAGGUCCUGGUGUUUGAGUUGUCUCCAGAUCGCUCACUCCGUGGUGGACCCAAAGCCACGCGGCGGGCCGUGUCCCAGCUGAUCCGACUAGGCCAGUCCACCAAAGCCUGCGAGUUGUUCCUGAAGAACCGGGCUGCCGCGGUCCAGACGGCCAUACGCCAGCUGCGCAUAGAAGGAGCCACGCUGCUCUACAUCCACAAACUCUGCAACAUCUUCUUCACCAGCCUGCUGGAGACGGCCAAGGAGUUCGAGAUGGACUUUGCGGGAAACACGGGCUGCUACUCCGCCUUCGUGGUCUGGUCCAAAUCGGCCAUGAGGAUGUUUGUGGACGCCUUCAGCGGGCAGGUGUUCGACAGUAAGGAGAGCCUGUCCACGGCGGCCGAGUGUGUGAAAGUGGCCAAGGAGCACUGUCGCCAGCUGACAGAGAUCGGCCUGGACCUGACCUUCACCCUGCAGUCCCUGCUGGUCAAGGACAUCAAGGCGGCCCUGCUGAGCUACAACGACAUCAUCAUCGAAGCCACCAAGCACCGGAACUCUGAGGAGAUGUGGAGGAGGAUGAAUCUGAUGACCCCCGAGGCUCUGGCUAAACUCAAGGACGAGAUGCGCGGCUGUGGCAUCGGCGGCUUCGAGCAGUACACCGGCGACGACUGCUGGGUGAACCUUAGCUACACCAUCGUGGCCUUCACAAAGCAGAUGAUGAGCUUCUUGGAGGAGGGCCUGAAGCUCUACUUCUCGGAGCUGCACAUGGUGCUGCUGGAGAGCCUGAGGGAGAUCAUCCUGGUGGCCGUGCAGCACGUGGACUACAGCCUGCGCUGCGAGCAGGACCCGGAGAAGAAGGCCUUCAUCAUGCAGAACGCCAGCUUCCUCCACGACACCGUGCUGCCGGUGGUGGAGCGGCGGUUCGAGGAGGGCGUGGGCAAGCCCGCCAAGCAGCUGCAGGACCUGAGGAAGAGCACCAGGCCGGUUCGAAUCAACCCAGAGAGCACCACAUCGAUGGUGUGAGAUCGCCUGUCGGCGUGGAUUGCUGGAAAGAUUUUUGAUAGAUUCCACCUUUGAAUUCUUUCAUAUGUUAGUAGAAAAAUCCCUCAUCUACAGUUCAGUUAACACACCAUUUGGCCCAUUGAAGUGGGAUUUCGUCUCAGUUUGUGUGCCGGUAACCAAGUGCACUCAUUCAUUCAUUCACUGUGCAAUGGUCACAUGGCUCAUCAUGUCACAUCUCAGACCAGCAGCGGAUGAACAUAUUCACAUUUUCUGAUCACAAUUAUGUGCAGAUUUGUGCAUGUUACCCAGUUCUAUGAAACUAUUCUAUCAAAUUAUCACAAGUUCGGACCCCAAUCGAUUAUGUAUCUAUUCACCAUUAAAAAAAAGGUUUGACAUUUUUCAAAGACCAUAAUAUGAAUUUAUUCAUCCGCUUUGUUUUUAACAGCACUAAACCGUAAUUAGACACUAAAUAGUAUUCUAGGACAGAUUAACAGAGAUGACUGAAAAUAUGAUGCAUUGGUAAAUGUUCACUGUUUAUAACAAUCAAGUUGUUCAAGAGAUACACAAUUAAAUUAAAGUCUUCAUGCACAA